AUGAUGAAGGCCAGCACCACCAACACCACACUGGAGCUCGGCUUCCAGAAAGACGGCACCGACAAGCCUGAUGGCGGCACAGGUGGCGUGCUCUGGCCGUCGCUGAUCUGCUACCUCGUCGUUGCCGCCACCACUUUUUGGGCCGUGGCGUCCAUCUUGUUCCCGCCGUCGGCGUUCCCCCUUCCUCCCCUGAUGUCCAGCGUCGUCACCGUCAGCCAGCAGCACCCUGCUUCCCACGAGCCGCCGCCGUCGGAGGACACCCGGACCAACGUGACCGCCAACAUUUGCGCAGGGCGGUACAUCUACGUGUACCGCCUGCCGCCGCGCUUCAACGACGACAUCGUCCGCGGCUGCCGCGCGCUCCGACCGUGGAUGGACGUGUGCCCGUACAUGGCCAACUGCGGCCUGGGCCGCCCGCUGCGCGACGAGGGCGGCGUCUUCCCGGGUCGCGGCUGGUACGCCACUGACCAGUUCAUGCUCGACGUCAUCUUCCGCUGCCGGAUGAGGCGGUACGACUGCCUUACUGGCGACCCCGCCCGCGCGUCCGCCGUCUUCGUGCCGGCCUACGCCAGCCUGGACGGCGGGCGGUACCUGUGGAACAGCACCGCGACGCGGGACGCGCUGGCGCUCGACCUCGUCGCGUGGCUGGUGCGGCGCCCGGAGUGGCGCGCCAGGGGCGGCCGCGACCACUUCCUGUUGGCCGGCCGGACCGCGUGGGACUUCCUGAGGAAGACCGACGGCGACGACGACUGGGGCACGAAACUGCUCAACAUCCCAGCCGUCCGCAACAUGACGGCGCUCGUCCUGGAGAUCGACCCGUGGAACCGGUCGAAUCACCUCGCAGUGCCUUACCCGACGAACUUCCACCCGGCCACGGCUGCCGACGUGCGCGCCUGGCAAGAGAAGGCGCGCACGUUGGAGCGCAGGUGGCUCUUCUCGUUCGUCGGCGCGGCGCGGCCCGGCAGCAACAAGACCGUCCGCGCGCAGAUUCUCCAGCAGUGCGGCGCGUCGAGCCGCUGCGGGAUGUUCCGGUGCAAGAAGGGGUCCGAGUGCGAGGCCGCGCCGGGCGCCAUGAUGCGCGUCUUCGAGAGCUCGAGCUUCUGCCUCCAGCCGCGCGGCGACACGACGACGCGGCGGUCCACGUUCGACGCCGUCCUGGCGGGGUGCAUCCCGGUGUUCUUCCACCCCGACUCGGCGUACACGCAGUACGCGGACCACAUCCCGGCGGAGCCCGAGAGGUGGUCGGUGCUCAUCAUGCACACCGACGUCACGGACCGGAACGUGAGCAUCGAGGAGACGCUCGCCAAGAUCCCGCCGGCGCCCGUGAAGGCGAUGCGCGAGGAGGUGAUCCGGCUCAUCCCGAGCUUGGUGUACGCGGACCCGAGGUCGACGCGUGUAGACUUCAAGGACGCUUUGGACAUUGCAGUGGACGUCGUCCUUGAUCGGGUGGCCAAGCGGCGGCGAGGGGAUGUCGGCGGACGCUGA